UACAGUAAAUAUGGCUGAACGCGGUAGUGAAUCUCGAGAUGACAUUGUAGCAAAUAAUUUAGGUAAAGCUGAUCUCAGAAGUGUUCUGGUUACAAGUGUUUUGAAUUUAGAAAAGCUCGACAUCGACCUGUACAGAGGGACACAUCACUGGGUUCCUCGCACUAAACGCCUUUUCGGUGGCCAGAUUGUUGGACAGGCUCUUGUAGCCGCAGCCAAUUCAGUCAGUGAACAUCUCUAUGCUCAUUCACUGCACUGCUACUUUGUGAGAGCAGGGGACCCGAAAGUACCUGUGCUGUACCAGGUGGAAAGGACUCGGGAUGGCCGCAGUUUCUGUGUGCGAUCUGUGAAAGCCAUUCAGCACGGUCAGCCCAUACUGAUCUGUCAGGCUUCGUUUCACAUGCAGCAGCCAAGUCCACUGGAGCAUCAGUUCAUCAUGCCCACCGUACCUCCACCGCACACACUGCUCACCGUCGAGGAACUCAUUCAGCGCUACCUCAGUGAUCCAAACCUGGCUGAUAAUACGCGACAGGGCCUAAAUAAAAUACUUGCUGAUGAAGUUCCUAUAGAGAUCAAGCCUGUCAACCCACCUGAUUUUUAUAGACAUGUUGCCAUGGAACCAAAGAAUUUAUUCUGGGUGCGAGCGAGAGGACAUAUAGGACCUGGUGACAUGAAACUGCACUGUUGUGUGGCAGCGUAUGUAUCGGACUACGCUUUCCUGGGGACGGCACUGUUACCGUACCCAAAUCAUAGGGCUCAGUUUUCCGCCUCUCUGGAUCACGCCAUGUGGUUUCACAGCACAUUCAGAGCAGACGAGUGGAUGCUUUAUGAAUGUGAAAGCCCAUGGUCAGGCGGCAGCAGAGGCUUCGUCCAAGGCCGUUUGUGGAGACAGGACGGUGUUCUCGCAGCUUCUUGUGCCCAAGAGGGAGUGAUACGAGUCAAGGCAGUUUCUCUGAGUAAACUAUAGAGGAUUGAAAUAUGCUGUUAAAUAGUGUUGAAUUCUUGAGAUGCCUUAUUGCCAAGAUGACUUUUUAAAAAUGUAUUAUUUCUCAUAUUACCAUAGACUGUAAAAAAAAAAUGAAUAAUACAUUUAAACAUAAUUACAAUGCACAAUCAAUUUCAAGAUUCCAGUUCCGUAGAAUAUGGCAUAACAGCACUUACAUGCUUUGCUUUUUUGUCCCUUGUGCUAAAAUUGUCUAUUUAGGCUAACCCUGUUCAGAAUGAUGAAGACAUGUCUUUGCUUAUGAACAAUGGGGUUAAGUUACCCCCAAGUAAGUCUUAAAUGACACAAACUCGAGUCAUACACUGCAAGUUGUGAAUGUUGACAAUUUCGAAGUGUAAACAAGAAAUGUAAUUAUUUAUCAUUUAUUAUUAAACUAACCAAUCUGAG